AUGGGAUCCCCGCACUGGAAACGGCUCUGCCUUUUGCUCCUGGCAGGUUUAACAUCCUCCCUGCUCCUCUACAGUCACUACUACGCUACGGUAGAGUCGCCCACCAGCCAGAGGAUCAUAGCCAGUCUGCUGCAGCCGGAGCCACUGGUCCUGGCUCCGCCGGGGGCAUCGCGCCGAGCCAGCAGCCGCAGAUGGGCCCUUGAAGGCAGCUUAGAGAGUGGGAAGUCCUUCAAGCCUUCUGCCGAGCAGGAGGAGCCCAAGCCCAGCAGAAAGCAGCCCAGCAUGUGCCUCCGCUCAGUGACGGCCAGAGCAAAGGCAGACCCCAAGUUUGGGGAGAUCUUCCGCUUCGACACCCCUGUGCUGAUGUGGGACCAGCACUUCACCCCAGAGACCUGGGACAGGCUGAAGACGCGACACGUCCCCUAUGGCUGGCAAGGCUUGUCCCACGCAGUGGUGGGCAGCACCCUCCGGCUCCUCAACACCUCCGCCAACAGACGCCUCUUCGACAGGGAUGCCUUCCCCGGGGGCUGUGUCCGCUGCGCUGUGGUGGGCAAUGGCGGCAUCCUCAACGGCUCGCGGCAGGGCAAGGCGAUCGACGCUCACGACCUGGUGUUCAGGCUCAACGGUGCUGUGAUCAAAGGCUUCGAGGAAGACGUCGGGACCAAGAUCUCAUUCUACGGCUUCACGGUGAACACCAUGAAGAACUCCCUCAUUGCUUACGAGGAGUACGGCUUCACCCAGAUACCCCAGGCCAAGGACCUGAGGUACAUCUUCAUCCCCUCGGAUGUCCGUGACUACAUCAUGCUGAAGUCGGCCAUCCAGGGCAGCCCAGUCCCUGAGGGCUCAGACAAGGGGGACGAGCCGCGGAAGUAUUUUGGACCGGAGGCAACUGCAGAGAAGUUCAAGUUGCUGCAUCCUGAUUUCUUGCAGUACCUGAUAGCGAGGUUCCUGCGGUCGGAGCUCCUGAACACGCAGUACGGCUCGCUCUACAUGCCCAGCACCGGCGCCCUCAUGCUCCUCACCGCGCUCCACACGUGUGACCAGGUCAGUGCCUAUGGGUUCAUCACCACCAACUACGAGCAGUUCUCAGACCACUACUACGAGCUGGAGAAGAAACCGCUGGUGUUUUACGCCAACCACGACAUGAUGCUGGAGGCAGCGCUGUGGAGGAGCCUGCACCGGGCAGGGAUCAUGACCCUCUACCAGCGGUGA